AUGGCUGCACCCUCUGAUCAAUCCUCUGCCACUUCUGAAGAGAGCACCAUCAACAACAAGAUGAUGACAAUGAAAGAGAAGGAAAUUGUAAAAUCUGAACAUCAGUUUUCAAUCUUCAAUUCUCAGUUGCUCCCUGAGGAUAAUUUGGUUCGUAGGUCGAAGGUACAAGAAUAUGAUUUUUUAAGCCCCUCUAAGAACAUGGUUGCGAGUUCAUCUUCAUCGAGUUUAGAUAAUCAGUUCAACAAUAAAAAUAAGAAUGAGAAAAAGUCUUCCAAUAUUUUUUCUUGCAAAUUUUGUAAAAGAAAAUUUUCUACUCCGCAAUCUUUAGGAGGACACCAAAAUGCUCACAAGGAAGAGCGUGCACUUGCAAAACAUCACAAAGAGAUAUUUAAUUGUAUUGAAAGUCAUCGUCACCUGAUUCCUCACUAUACUAAUUAUCCUCGUCAUUAUACAAUCCCUUUUAAUGGGUUUAGAUUUGGCUCCUAUAAUAGAGCACUUGGAAUUAAUAUGGGUUCUAUGAUUCACAAGCCAAGGCCAAAUUAUUCAUGGACCUCACCUCUUUCUAAGUCAUGUUCUACUUCUGUGUGGACAGCAAAGCAAGAGAUGAGAGACUUUUUUUCUAUUGAAGGAUUGAAGAAUGAUAGUGUUACGGUAAAUAAUGGAAAUAAUGUCACUCCUAUUUUAAGAAAUUUGCUAAAUUUAGAAGAAAAUGUUGGAAAGUCUUCAAUACAUAUUGCUACAAAGUCAAACUCAACGGAAAAGAAUUCAAUUGUAGCAGGCACGAGUGGUGAUAAUCAUCAUAGUAAUAUUGAAGAUGCCUCUGAUUCAGAAUCUCUUGAGCUUGAUUUGUCGCUUAAGCUUUAA